AUGGCCUCCGCGGCUGUCUCCACCCCCAUCAAGUCCCACCGGGGCCUCUUCAACACCCGUACUGCUGGCGGACGGAUGCCUCUUACCCCUUCUCCUCAUCAGCAGGGCAAGGCCGUUCCUCUCAACCUGGACUCGUCUCCCUUCACCCCCGAGAAGCAGCCUGGUAAUGAAACCCGUGCCUCGUCCAGGUCCGUGUACGGCGGCAACCUGAUGUCCCACCUCACCCGAUCCACAUCCAAGCCCAAGCCUACACACAAAGACUCGCCAAAGACGAAGUCAAACAUUGCCCGCACCGUCCACACCCCCCGCAAGGCCCUCGAGCUGGGCGUCUCCGACUUCACCCUCGUAGGGACCGGCAACACCAAGGACCCCUCCAGUGCCAAGGCCAAGAAGGCUCCCAUCCGUCAGAAGUCCAAGACGACGCUCAACUACUCGGGGGACCGCUUCAUCCCCAACCGCUCCGCCAGCUCGGGAAUUUCUCACACCGGCUCCAGCAAGCUCGAUGUCACCGACCGUAAGCGUUCCAAGACCACAGCCACCACAAGCACCACAACUACCACUUCGAGCUCUUCUGUGCUCUCGUCUGCUGCCGAUGAGGCUGCUGCCGCUCUAGAGGGCCUGACCAUCGGUGGCGAUGAGGAGGAGGAGGAGGCCACGACCUACAACCGACCAUCCCCCAACACGGCUGCGUACCAGGACUCGCUGGCCAACGCCUGCGGUGUCAAACUCAACACCCGUAUCCUCGAGUUCAAGCCUGCUCCCCCAGAAUCCUCCAAGCCCAUCGAUCUGCGCCAGCAGUACAACCGUCCCCUGAAGUCGGCCAGCUCCAGCUCUGCCCAGACGCGCCGCCGCAUCGCCACGGCUCCCGAGCGUGUCCUCGAUGCACCCGGUCUGAUUGACGACUACUACCUGAACCUGCUUGACUGGAGCUCCGGCAAUCAGGUUGCCAUUGGCCUGGAGCGCAACGUCUACGUCUGGUCUGCCGACGAAGGCAGCGUCAGCUGCCUGCUCGAGACAUCGCCCGACACGUACGUCAGCAGCGUCAAGUGGUCUGGCGACGGGGCCUACGUUAGCGUCGGUCUCGGAACAGGCGAGGUCCAGAUCUGGGAUGUUGCCGAGAACCAGAAGAUCCGCAGUAUGUACGGCCACGACACCCGUGUCGGUGUCAUGGGCUGGAACAAGCACCUGCUCUCGACCGGUGCCCGUAGCGGCCUCGUCUACAACCACGAUGUGCGCAUCGCCGAGCACAAGGUUGCCGAGCUCGUCUCCCACACCUCGGAGGUCUGCGGCCUCGAGUGGCGCUCGGACGGUGCCCAGCUCGCGACUGGCGGCAACGACAACCUCGUCUCCAUCUGGGACGCCCGCUCCCUGUCGGUGCCCAAGUUCACCAAGACCAACCACAAGGCCGCCGUCAAGGCCCUUGCCUGGUGCCCCUGGAACAUGAACCUGCUCGCCACCGGCGGUGGUUCGUACGACCGCAACAUCCACUUCUGGAACACCACCUCGGGUGCCCGCGUCAACAGCAUCGACACUGGUUCCCAGGUCACCUCGCUCCGCUGGAGCCCCCACUACCGCGAGAUUGUCAGCUCGAGCGGCUUCCCGGACAACUCGCUGAGCAUCUGGAGCUACCCCACCAUGGUGCGCAACGUGGAGAUCCCUGCCCACGAGAGCCGUGUUCUCCACAGCUGCCUGAGCCCCGACGGCCAGAUGCUCGCCACCGCCGCCGCCGACGAGAGCCUCAAGUUCUGGAAGGUCUUUGAGAAGAAGGCCGGUGCUGCUGGUAGCAUCAGCGGUUCCGGCUCUUCGAGCAAGGCCGAGAUGGCUAAGCAGAUGACUAUCCGGUAA